AUGAUAGCUGAUGAGUUCCUCAAGAGUUCAGUCCUUGUCAAAAUCAUUCAUGUCAAGAUGUAUGGGAAGAAGAUCCUUUCUGGGAAGAUCAAAGGAUUGAUUGUGGGUGCCACUGUUAUGGCAUGUUUUUUGUUGAUGCACAAUCCUGAAUUCACAGCGAUUGGUGCAGAGACCAAGAUCAACUACCAAGCCGAUUAUGAUUUCUACUUAGAGUGCCUGUUCAAGUGCAUGCCAUGGGCCUGUAGUGUCAUGGACUACUUCAACAAGGAGGUUUUCAGCAUCACCAACCAGUCUUGUGUACCAGCCUCUAAUAACUCUCCUACUGCCUCUCCAUCUUGAACAUGGGAAGAUGAUCUCCUCAAUGAACUCAAUGCUCCUACCCAGGUUUUGACUCUCACUUCUUUACCCCUCACUAGUUUGGCAAUGGUUGAUGUCACCUCCAGCUACCAUACCUCGAUGCCCAUCAACCAAGGACAAACUAUGUCCUCG